AUGGGGGAGGGGUUCGCGUCGUAUCUGGCGAUGAAAACGGGGCCGGAGGGCGGCGACGCGGCGGCGGCGCAGCAGGCGCUGAUCGACGCGGACCUGCGGGAGCUCGGCGUCGCUGCGCGGAAGCUCGCCAACCACGCGUUCGUCCUCGGCGGCGGGCUGGGGUUCGGCACUUCCUUCCUUAAGUGGCUGGCCUUCUUCGCCGCAGUGUAUCUCUUGAUAUUGGACCGCACAAAUUGGAAGACCAACAUGCUGACAGCUCUCUUGGUUCCUUACAUUUUCUUCACUCUACCUAAUGUGCUGUUUUCUCUGAUCAGAGGAGAGGUGGGGAAAUGGAUUGCGAUUAUUGCUGUUAUUCUGCGUCUAUUCUUUCCACGCCACUUCCCAGAUUGGUUAGAGCUUCCUGGUUCCAUCAUCCUGCUCACAGUGGUCGCCCCCAGCCUGUUCGCAGACACCUUCAGGGGUGACCUCGUUGGUGUCUUGAUAUGCCUUGCGAUUGGAUGCUACCUGCUCCAAGAGCACAUCAAGGCGUCAGGUGGAUUCAGGAACGCCUUCAGGAAGGGCAAUGGCGUGUCGAACUCCAUUGGCAUCCUCCUGCUCUUCGUCUACCCUGUCUGGGCGGCGGUGCUGCAAGUCCUGUAG